AUAAAAAAUGAGAGCCUAAGAAAAAACCAAUAGUGUUUCUGAGAGAGCAGAAGACGGGCUAUCUCCCCAUGCAUUUAUCUCGAUUUCGAAAUUUUUGACGAAAACUGACUUUUUUGAGGGGGAGGGGGGGCCUUAAGUAAACAUUCAUCAUUCAAACUUAGAAUAGUGGUUCUCUAUAAAAUAUCUAUUAAUCUGUGAUUUUUAUAAAAAUUUUACGUUCAUAAGAAAAAUUACUGCUUCUCUCAACUCGUUAGUGCUAAUAACUACAUUUUUUGUGGGUGAUAGAAAGUGAGGUAGAGUACCUUCUUUUUUAUUGUAAAUUUCUGUUCUUUUGCUAGAUGAUAUAAUUUAGGUUUAAGAAUUACUAUGUCAGACUAAAUGUAUACGAGAUAUCUCAAACUCCUAGGUCUAUGUUGAAAGCACAUUUCCAACAUUAUACUACAUUAAAAAAAGAAAAGUUAUGUAAUAGAUGGGCUCUUAAUCCACAAAUAAUUGUGUUUUUUUUAUUUCAUGAAUCUUUAUACAUAUUAGCUAUGUAAUUGUGUUUGUUUGCAAAAAAAUAAUCUUUAAUAUAUAUAUUAUUGAAGAGUUUCUUGUGGUAUAUUUGUCUUAACAAAAUUUAUGUGCAUUCUUUUAUUUAUUUUGAUUUAAUUCCAACAUUCUUUUAGUUAUAUAUCAUAAUAAUAACGAAAAUAACAGGAGUGUGAACUGUAUUCUUUUUAGUAACGUCAUCAGAUUUUGUCUUUUCUUUUUUUUUGUGUUCUAGAUUGAGCCAGCAUAGUAGAAAUUUAUUUUUUGAUUUGGGUUCUGGUACAAUACAAAAUUUAAAAUAUCGCGAUCAAUGGAUACUUGUAGGACAGAAAGGCAUUAAGGGAUUUAGUCCAUUCGAAGAGAUUUCCUAUGCUGGCACUGGUAAUACUUACGCGGUACCUGUUGAUAAACGAUUAUGUGUACCACAAACUUUGAGAGGCAUUAAAAUUCGACCAGAUCCAUUACCAUUUCAAAAUGAUAAACGUCGUGAUUUUUGCUCAAAAUAUGAUGGUUAUGGUGACUUUUGUAGUGGUAAGUGGAAAGUAAAAUAUUGUGUCCAUAAAGAAGUUUGA